CGCACCGCACCGCGCUUCUCCGCCGUGGUCCCGCAGCCCCCACCGGCUUCUUCCUUCGGGGCCGUGGCGCCGGGCAACCCGGUGGUAGACAGCUUCAAGGCCGAGCUGCGGAACGUCCUGGGCUUCUUGCGGCGGCUGGCAUCGGCGCGGGAGCCCAAGGGGCAGCAACACGACAACCACCGCCGCGGAGCAAACACUUUGUUUAAUAUUUGGAUCAAAUACAAGCCUCGACUGCCAGAGUGGUAUUACAACAAAAAACUUCUGAAAGUUGGUGAUUCCCUUGCUCAGAUCAAAGAAUACAAGUUGGCAGUUUCACAGUGCUAUGGAAGAUACCUUCAACAGUUCAUCUCAGAGAACCUUGAUGAUGUCAUGGGUGAUGUGCAUCGAUUUAAAUCCACCUUCUUCCCCAAUGGUGUCAGAGACAAUAACGCAGCACUUACGUUCCACGCUUUGCAAGGGAGAAAUGCUUGCAUUUAUCAGAUGGUUUGCAGCAGUGACAGAAACCUCCAGAACCAGGAGUCCCUGCAGACUUGCUUCACUAUCUUGUCCUCAUUACGACUCGCUAUGCAAGUGGCUCUACCUCAGGAGAACCUGUGUUGGCUCAUCUACAACGGCACGAUUUGUAUUUACACCAUAUGCAGGCAUUUGAUGACGAGAGGCCAAUCUGCUAAGGUGCUGGAUUACUUACUGUGGGCCAGUAUCUGUAUGGAAUCAUCCAUCCCGCUCUUAUCUGUGCACUAUUUGACCUGGAGAGCCACCCUGUAUGCUGCAGUUUCUCAGUGUUAUUUUGACUGUCAAGCCAGCAUUCAUGGAGAGGUAUUUGCUCGCCGUGGGCUGCUUAAAAUCGAUGAACUGAAGCAACUGGAAAACAUGAGCUCUUCGCUGGCAAAUUCAGAGAGCAGAAGGAUUUUCACAGAGGCAACUCUAAAGAUGUCAGUAAUGGUUUUCAAGAGAGCAGUAUUUGAAUCUAGAAGAAAGCCAAAACCCUACCUUCAGCCUAAGUUAAGAGUUACCCUGAAAGAACCACAAAAUCUGCAGCGGCCUCGCACUGUGACCAAACAGCUGCUGACAGAAAUGUUUGAUAGUGUGGCCGCUCAGUUCCUUGCCAUCCUGGAAGCUCUGUCUGAUAGCAGCAGGCGGCUGUGGAACUCUCCCUCAGCUCUUCCUGAUGAAACUGAAAUUCGUGAUGUCCUCUCAGAACUAUUUUCUGCAGGCCUGGAAAUCCUCUCAGGUGGAGUGAGCAGUGCAGGUCUCCAAGGAAGUCGUCGCAGCCCUUUCUUUUGUGUAAUUAAUGCCUCAUCAACCCUUCUACAGCUGAUACUGAAAGGAGAGGAUGAAGUGUCUGGAGAAGCUGCUAUGAAAUUCAUGAAAUUAGCUUUCAGUUAUGAAGAGUGGGAUGUGUUUGAUUCUGCUCUUGAAUUUGUUGAUCUUUUUCUUCAGGCUCAGGAUGACCCAGUAUGGAAGAAAGCUGAAAUGGAGCUCAAACUUCUUAGACUGAUGCAGCCUUUACUCCUCCCAAGAAAACUGAAACAUCAUUUUGCUGUUAGUGAAAAGAGCAGCAAAGAAUCUAAGUUGCUUCAGAGUUCUGAGAAGAAGCAAGCAGUUAAGGAUUCUGUAAGGCAUGGAGAACCUUCUCAUGAUCUUAUUUUGGCAACAGCAGUGCUUGCCUGUGUCUCCACACCUGAGGAGGACAUCCAACCUGACAAGGAAAUACUGGUUGAUGUCAUAAUGUUUUUGUGGCAGAAGUGUAAGAAAGGACUUCAGAAAAUCCCAACGAGUGGAAGUGACUGCUUGAAAUAUAUCCACAAAUACAAAGCUUACCAAUGGGUUCAGAUUCUCUGGAUAAUCAAUGAAGCAAUUCAGAGGAGCAGCAUAGCAGAAGCUGAUGCUGCAAUGCUUGCAGAGGUAACCUUGUGUCUAACUGCAAUAUUGGAAAAUGUUGCUGAUGCUACAAGUAAACCUAAGGCAAAAGCAGGAAAAAGAAGUGCCUUUGUCUUGCAAGAUGAAACCUGUGAUAUGCCUGAAAUACUGAUGAAAACUCCUCCAGAACAAUUACAAAUUGCUUAUGAGAGCCUGGAAAGGGCAAUAAAUGCAAUGAACGCCUCUCGCUUAACGACCCUCCUGCCAGGUGAAAAGUCAGCAUUUGACAGCUGCUGUACAAAGGUGGACUCAAAUGAUCAGAAUUUGAACUCUGGUUUGGGAGGUGGUGAUGAGAAGGCAGAAACAGAGAAUGGGUUUGUAAUGGAUUUACACUUGGAGCUCAUUCAAGCCCAACAUCGAGUAGCUGUGAAACUUCUUAAAAUGGCACAAGGUGCUCAAAAGGAAAACACAUGGAGGUCUGGCAAGUCUCAUGUGAGUGUUAAAGAUUCCCCUUAUUUGACAGAGGGAUUUAUAAUGAGAAAAAUUAAGAAGAACAAACUCUCCAGAGCAGUCUUUUUGAUGCAAAAGGCUGCAGAGAAGUACCCUGAAGACUUAACCACUGCUUCCCAAAGGCAGCUGCUGAAGGAAGCACUGACUUUAGUUGAGCAAGUUGAAGCUGAACAAAAAGCACUGUACCACAGUUUCAAAGAAGCUCUCAACAACAAGGAAAAAAGCAAGACUCCUCCUCCUCCUCUGCUGCUUUCUAGAUCCCAUUGCUCCAUGACUUUUAAACCAGCCCCAUUCUUUUCAGAUAUUCAGGUUUCCUGGUACAGUAUUUUGGGCUCUGUAGCAGAAGGAAGCACCAUGAAAGUGAGGUUAAAUAACAACAAACUCCCCAAUGCAGGAGAAGAGGUACCAGCUGAUGGGAAGAGCCUCUUGGAAAUCCAAGGUUUAGAGACCAACGAGAAGUACAUAUUUGCAGUGGCAGCAUAUUCUUCCGAUGGAAAACUCAUUGGUGAUGCCAUUGGGGAAACAACUAAGCCAAUCCUUGCUUAUCCACCUCUUUCUGCUACUACUGUUCGAGCCUAUCUAACUCAGGUAGCCUAUCAGACUGGCAACUACACUUUAGCCAGAGAAGCAUUUUCACCAAUGUGGGAUUAUUUUGUUUCAUCUUCUUCUCCAGUGCCUGCCACUGCAGCUGUUAUUUCUGCACACAGCCAUUUGACUAUAUCUGAAAAAAGGUUACGUUUUGAAGCUCUGUCUCGGACUUCUCCUAUAACCCUGCAGCUUUUCCUGAGGAAUAUAUUUGUUGCCUGUGACAUUGGUGUCAUGGAAAGAGCACUCUUCUGUGAUUCCAUCCGUUCCAGUGAAGUGCUUUACAAGGAACAAGUUGCCAGAUUAGCAGAAUGUGAAAGAAUGACUGUGGCCAUUGAACUUAGCAACUGGUUGAAUGAUGCAAGCUACACCCUGCAGUCUGUGGUACAAUGUUAUGGGCUCCUUGCUCCAAUGAUUUAUCACAAGAUUUCUGCAGUGCCAGUAAUUCAGAUCCUCAUUAAGUGCUUGGCUGUCCUUCAAGAAAUUCCAAAUGCUGUUUUGCAGAGGAAAAAGUCAGGGUGUUAUGAGAGUAUUCAACACAUGAUAGCUUGCAGUUCAUUUUAUACAGCAAAGGUUCUACGUUCAUGGAAAGAAUAUGAACUGGCAGUGAUCAUUGUGAACUAUGGGAAAAAGUUGUUGGAUUCUUCACCAGCAGGCCUGCCACAAGCUGUGAACACUGGGGCAACACACAAGGAAGUUAAACCCGUUUCUUCCAAGACAUCUGACUUAGCUGCAAGGGAAAAAGCAACAGAGAACCUAAAUGCUCUUGAAUCAAGUCUCCUCAGACUGACAAAACCAGCUCGUGGAUCAGAGCUUACAGGACAGGAAGAUCCUUUUCUUCUUUACCCUGUGGUGUCAUGCUGGACAUCAAGCAAUGCUUUUCGAGAAGUGAUGAAAUUCAGGAACAAAUCACGUUUUCUUGAGUUUUUUGUUCAAGUCUUGCAAAAAGUCCUGAAUGAAGAGAAGUUCCAAUCUGUUCUGGAAUGGGCAGAAGAUGUGCAAGUUUACUUGCAAAGGAGGAACAAUCACUUCCUCGGCAGCAGUGGGAAUUUGACACCCAUCAUAAGCUCCCCCACUCUGUCAGAAAGCAUGGAGAGGCACAGUGCAAGAGCUGGGAAGCUUCAGAAAAAAUCAAGCUUAAUAAAGUCUCUAGAAGCAGAAGGGAAAAGUGAGGAAGAGUUGCUAACAAUAGCUCGUCACAACUUAGUGGUACUGCUGAAACCGCUCGUGAGGAAUUACUUAAACCGAAAGAUAUUUAAGCAAAUAUAUCUUGAAGAGAUGCCCUGGAGAUCUCAGAUGAAUAUCUGCCUGGCAAUUGCACACUACAACUUGUUUAAAAUGAAAUUGGAUGAGCAAUACAACGUUGGGAUUUGUGGCUCACAGCAUCUGAGCAGUUACAAUAUUCUGGACCCUGAUAUAUUCUCAUUAAAUAAUUCUGGUGUUCUCAUGGUGAGAGAUGCUGGAGAGAAUAACAUGACAACACCAAUUCCUCCUGUCUUUAAAAUGUCAAGAGUGACCAAAAAAGAAACUUCUAAACCUUCCGGGCGCAGAAGAAAGCUGAGCAAAACUUCAAUGACAGACACAGGAUUCUCUGGGUCCUCCCCAGAGUCUAACAAGUUUCUGUCCAAUAACAUUUUAUUGCAGUAUUUUACAAGAAUAUUCUUGCAUUUAAGAAGAGCAGUGGUUCUUGCUCACCGUGGUGGCUACUGGACGCUGCUCCAAAAUGCUUGUCGAGAGCUUUGGAACUAUGCUCAAGAAUUCCAGCUGCUAGCUAACCAUUCACAUUUCCAUCCAGAGGCACUUCCCAUUACCAGGGAUUUACUUAGAAACACCAUCUGGUUACCAUUUUAUCUGGCAGCAGACAUGAUCAUUGAUAUGAUCGUUGAACUCCAAGCAAGCAGGUCUCUUAAGAUUGUGGAUCCUGAAGGAGACUUCUGCAUUCCCAGUUGUUUAGGAGGUAUUAUGGAUGAGAAUGGUGGUUCCAGUCUCCACCCACAGUCUCCUCUGGAUGAUGUGAAUGUGGUUGACUUGAAGUGGAUAUGUAAUCUGAUUCUUAAAGCAAUAGAAUUGCUAUAUCAAAUGAAGAAGUGGGAAGCCCUGGUCCACAUAGCUGUACAAUUUAAUAUAGUUACACAUGAGGCAUACACAGGACAAGUGGGUCCACUGCUGGUGUAUGCUCAGAGGCAGCUGCUGAAAAGGAUAGAGAAGUUCAGUGGCCCAGGCAGCCAGGAAUCUCCUUUCAUCAAAUAUCUGUCUGCUCAUGUAUGGAAGAUGAGCUGCAGACACUACAUAGGGCACAGAUUACAGCUGCCUGUUGCCCAUUCUGCAAGUGGAUGCUUUUUCUCUCCUGAGAUGAUAAAUGAUUAUACAGACCACAGCCGAGCCAAAGGCCUGGUUAAUGUGCCUCUUGAUGUGGAUGACACACUGAGGUGCUUCAGAGAAUCUCUACACAAGUCUAAGUACCACAGCAGAGCCCUGAGGCACAGCAGGAGGGUACUUGCAUUAUUUCUUGCACACACACAAGAAACUGCUGAAAGAGCACUCAGGAGUCACACCUCUUCAAAGAGAAGGCUGGAAUUUAAUGUGGGAGCUGAACUGAUACUUGUGCAAACUCCACGUGACCUUUCUGAUGAAAAAUUUAAUACCUCCAACACAGUUGAGAGAAACCCAAUACCCAAGUCACAUCUUUCAGAAAUUAUCACUUCCUAUGAACAAACAAUUGGAAUCCUCGAAAUAAAUAAACAGAGAGACCUCAAGGUUCAAGCUUUACAUGAACUUGGAAAUCUUCACUUUUAUGCUGGAAAAAAGAGAGAUGCUUUUAAAUGUUGGUGUCAAGCCCUUGAUGAAACACUCAACAUUGCCGAUGCUCUUAACAACUGGCAAGAGUUAUGUGUUCCAAAAAACGCUGCAGACUGCUUUGCAGUUGGAAGAUGGACUGAUAUUAGUCAGGAAUUUCUUUCUCAGGCUGGAGUUUGGGGGUGUUUGCAUGCAGCAGUCUUAGUUGCUAAGAUAGCUCAGCAUAUAACAACAGCAGAGAUGAGACUAAGAACCAAAUACUGCUAUUUUUCUGCCAUGCUUUUUAAGAGCCUGUUUGGAGCUUCUCUUCCACAUCCAACAUCUGACUGUGACUUUGCACAGUAUGAAACAAGUAUGCUUGUUCCUGGGAUUGAUUUGUUCUCUGAUCGCUACAGAGCUGACAUCUCUACUGUACUUGCAAGCCUGAAUUUCCUGAUGUUUGAGCUACAUUGUGCAAAGCAGAACUUCAUAAUUCUACCACUGUGCACGUUAUACCACUACAUUGUUUCUGAGAUCUGCAAGGACCCAGCUAGGUGUAUUGAAGGAAGAAUCUUCAAGGUGAAAGUGCUUACAGAUAUAGGCUUUUUUACAGAGGCCUUUCAUGAACUGUCUUUGCUUCACUGUGGAGAGAGAAUUCCAUGGAAAAUCCCUGCAGGAUACAGAAAAACUGAAGUAACAAAGGCCUUCCAGAAAUUUGACUCCUCAAAAUCUCUCCUGACUGCUACAAAUCUACAGGUACUGGAAGAUGUAUUUAAUUGGAGUCUGCCUUUACCAAUGGUGCCCCUGUGCAGCCAGCAAAUGAUCAAUAAAUUUGCCUUAGCCAAAAUGCAUUUCAUCAUUUGCCUCUCUGCCACAAUAUGUGAAGCACCUGUGAAAGUGGAAAAGCACAUCUAUUCUGUUGAUCACAGCAGCUUGAAGGAGCCAAGCAGAAUUACAGCAGGAAAAGUCAAAGGUGGUGCUGAUAAGAAUUCAGGACAGCGGGAGCAAAGAGGCCCAAUGAUGAAGCUUGUUGACUGCAAGGUUGAAUUAAAUAUGGCCAUGCUGAAGGGGAUUUUAUUGACAGAAGCUGAAGAAAUUCUUAGUUGUCUGGUGCAGAGCUUAAAGAACAAAUAUAAUGGGGAGACAUCUCAGUGUUCUGCUGAAGAUUUAGAGGCUCUUAUUGAGGCCAAACUUCAGCUUGCUGCUAUUUGUCAGCAAAGACAUCAAGCAGCUUCCAGUGUUGCUUUGGCUUUCUCUGCAAUUCGACUUCUCCAAGAUGCAAACAUUUUUAGGGAGGAAACGACAGCUGCUCAAGGGAAAGGGAAAGAAAGGAAGCGCUUGGACUCCUGUGUUGAAGAUGCUGGGCUGCCUCCCAGUGUGACAGCACGAGAUCGAAUCAAUGUACGGCUGUGGCUAAGGUGCCGUGCAACCUUGGUGACUGCACUGCUGACACCUGCUGCUGGUUAUAUGGAAGAAAAUGCUGUGGCUGAACGCAGAAGUGUGAUAAAAGAAGUAAUAUUAGAGGCAGAAGCCUUUGGUGAUAUUGAGACUCAGGCUGAAAUGAUGCUGCAAGCUGCUAUUCUUGACCUGCAAGAAGAACAUCCCGUGGCAGGCAUUAAACUUCUUUUGCAGAGUAUCAUCAGUUUACUCCAAGAAGAUGCAUUAAUUUCUCCUCCAGCUUCUUUGACUCUUGUGAAAAGUAUGCUGCUUCUGGCAGAGCUACCAACACUGCAAACAGCAGAGGGUGCAGAACAUUGCUCUUCUACAGCGGAACCAUUAAACUUACUGAUUGGGGCACAUGAGCUUACCAUUAAAGCAAUUUUUUUGUGUGGAGAACCCAUUGAACAGCAAAUAGAAGACAGCACAUUGACUUGCCCAGUCCUACCAACAAAAAAUACCUACUUGCCACACAUCAGCUUGCUAGCCCAAGUCAAAAUGAGAAUCGGACAUGCAUUAGCUGAAAAGGGAGAAGAUCCACUACGUGCUCUCAAACAUUUAGAAUCAGCACUGAAGCUCUGCAGAGCAUCUGCAACACAGAACUUGGCUAUGGAAGAUGAACUGCUUUUUAAGAUAGGUAAGGUAGAACACCAGAUAACUGAAGCAGGCGAUAGGAAGUCAUCUCAAGCUGUUGAAACUCUGAUGGAACCUGAACAACUCCACCAGCAACAUGAUCAAAAUUUUCAAGGAUGGUCUGCCCCCUUCCAGAUAAUAGAAAUCCAACUUGAAAAGAUCUCUUCUGAAGAACUUUCUGAGGAGGCUUGGAAAUCAGAAGGCUGCAAAGCACAAGCCUGGGUCGCAGGAAGAGCAGCCACACAGGCUAGUAAAGCCGUGCUUGCUCCUCAGCUAUUAAUUGCCACAAAGAGUGGUAGAAACCACAGCAUGAGUGAUGCAGUGCAACAGAAAAUCCCCCAGUUUGCUUCCAUGGAUCUUCUUGUUUCCCACAGAGAUUUCUCAUCUGGUGUUUUGCUGCUUUAUGCUUAUAACACAAAGCCUGCCAAGAUUAGCAGCAUCAAGAUUUUCAGUUCAAUGACUAUGUUUUCAAGCCACUUGUGGAUUCUGUUGGCUAGAAUGAUUUCUUUAUGGAAGAACAUACCCAAUCUGAAGCAGCAAGCUGAAAAGGUGAUGCAAAGUCCUAAAAGUUUGGCUUCAGCUUCAGAAGCUGUGAGUUUGCUUGAAGAAAGUGACUGGUUGAAAACAAUUGCCCCCAAAAAGUCCCAAAUGAAUGACUGUUAUUUAUUUGACUUUUUUCCCUUGGGUUGGUUUAUCUUUUUCUUUUCCCCCCUCCGUGUGCCCUUUGACAUUACUUUGCGGUUGGAAGAUACAUUUGCUCCUGCCAAUGGAUGUGUAAUAACUGAAGAAAGCUUUUUCAAUUGGGUUGCUUUUCUGUUUGACUAA